AUGAAGAUCAUCAUAGUCAUUCUUUUACUCACCUGCAGAUUAUGCAGUGGUGUAGAUCCUCCUGGUCUUAGCGGUAAAGAAGCAGAUGUUAAAAGUGGACCUAAGGAGACUGAACCGAGACAAUCACCUCUAUCAUCUCCAUCUGGUGGUUCACAUGCCAAUAGACACGGUCCUAAUGCUCAAAGGACUCCACCUCCUAAGUCUAGAGGACUCAGGGAUACAACAACAAGAGGUACUUUCCCAGGAGCAAAACCUACUGUUACACAAACUGCAGUUGGAAGGGGUACUACUAAAGUAACCGUAAACUCCAAGCCUAGUAUUCGUCCAGACAUUGAGGAUGUUGGCGAGGACCUGGAAGAAGAUUUUAAACAUGUCAAGGCGUAUCAUGAUAAUAGACAAGAAACUAUCAAGACUACCCUUGAGGUAACUAGUACUGUGGAGCCUAAAGAACCUUUGGAGUACAAGAUGGACAUGACCUUGGUCACUGUAGAAAAGUCUACUGAGGGAACUCUUUCAGUGGUUACCUAUACAGUCAAGAAAGACGCUCAUUUACCUCUACUCCUGCAUGAUAAUAAGCUUGUUUGGAAGGGUAUAGACAGUAUGAGUAACAAGGACACCCUUGUAAAGGCGACGGUAUACCUUGGAUCUGGUGGACCACUAGCCGCAAACUUGACAUACAAGAGAGUCACAGAAAGCACUACAAAGGAAUACUGUAAGCUUGUAAAGGAUAGAUGGACAUUUGUUGAUAAAGGUGCCCUUGAAAGGACAUUUGAGGAGGUAAAACUACCUGGUAAUGCUAAUGCAUCUGCUUAUAGAACAAAGGCAGACUCUACUCUAUUUGACAUACAGGUGGAAAAAUACGAGGGAAUACCAGUAUUAAACUGCAUUGCCAAAAAGGGUGUAAAGGUACCCAAACUUGUUUACGAUGGCAAAGUCGUAUGGCAAGCUGAUGGAAAUCAAUCCUGUUCAUCAGCCACUUUUUACUUUGGAAAGUCUGGUAUCAUUGGCAUAUCCUUUACCCAUAACAGUAUAGAAGAGACCCUCCAUGACUGUUUCCGUGUCUUUAGCAACGACGAAUGGGAAGGUGUAAAUGGUGACUAUUAUGAAAGGGUACUUUAUGAAGCCAAGAAUCCAGAAACCUCUGUAGCUACUGCAUCUGAGAAUACUAAAGUCAAGAGCUUUAUUGACACCGCCAAGUUUACCGUCGUUAGUGACAUGGAAGAUACAGUCCCAGUCCUAAAAUGCACAGCUGGAAAUGGUGCCUCUAAACUUACCUAUGGAUCUGACACAAUAUGGCCAGGGAAAAAGGAUGUGAUGUGUCUCUCUGCUGUCCUGUAUAUGGAUGGAGACCAACCUACUCUUGCAGUACUUGUCACCAGGGAUAAUAAGAACAAGCAGGGAACAGUCUAUAGAUACCAUGAUGGUAAGAAGUGGAAGAACUAUAAGGAGAAGGAUCACCAGUCAAAAUUUGAGGAGCUAAAGAAGGUCAUUGAGAAUAGGAUUAGACAACACAAGAUUCUCAUAGCUAGUAGAACGGUGGACAUUGCCAAAUUUGAUGCCAACAAAGGCCAAUUAUUCGACUACACCGUUGAUAAUGUCCCCGUAAAGAUGUUUAUUCCAAAGGACAACGUUACAAUAAAUAGACUUGUGAAUGGCGGGGCUUACCUCUGGAGCACUGAGAAUGGCAAGUGUAUAAUUAUAAUGCUGUAUCUCAAGGAUGAUAAACCGGCGUUACUUUACAUUGUCAGAUUCAUUCAGGGAGAGACUUACGGUGGUCUGUACAAGGAUGAAGAUGGUAAAUGGACAGAAACUGAAGACUUUGAUUACGAAUUCAAGAAGAUAAGGACAGCGCCUACAUCCUCAUCUCAAUUUGCUCUUGACAUUUCCUCAACUUCUGAUACUACUGAAUGCAGAAUAUUCCAAGCUCCACUAUAUGGAAUAAACACUCGCUUCUACUCUCCCAAUAGUGGUCAUUAUGCAUCCUCUAUUGCACUUAAUGGAGUAUCCAUAUGGACUGCUGAAAAAGGAGAGAGAUGCACCUUUGUGACAUCAUAUCUCAAGGGUGGACAAGAACACUUGUUCCGUAUGACAGUCAAGAACGCCAAGGAUAAAAGCUCCAUGAAGUACUUUGAAAACUAUGGCAAGGGAUGGAAGAGUAUAACUAAGGAUGAUUUUAAUACCAAACGUGACUCUCUGAAAAGUGAUGCUUAUAGACCAAAAAAUAUCAAGGAAGAGGUCACUCCAGUUUCUCAACCUGAUCAAAAGUCUACUCAAUCACCCAAGAGAGCUCCGGUAAAGGAGAUAGUCCUCGACAUUGGUCGACCUGAUCCACAAAGCUAUAGAUCAUUUGACUAUGCACUGGAUGAUGUCCCAACUCGACUCAUAGUUGCGGUGAAGGAACAACCAAAUAGGAUAGUGCUUGGACAAGAGACUCUAUGGUCUGAUGACACUGGAAGAUGUAACUACUGUACCGUCCACAUCAAGGAUAAGAAACCAGUGCUAGUCUACAUUUCUGGAGGAUCCUCGUUGUACAUACUAAAGACCGAUGAUGGAUGGAAAUCCAUUGACAACUAUAGUGAGGAAUUUGCUAAGCUUAGAGUUGCUGUACCCUCAUCAUAUUCAUUCUCCCUUGACAUCUCUACCAACCAGGAUAGUCCCAAUUGCAGAAUCUUUGAGACACCCUUCAAUAAGGUUAACACUCGUUUCUAUGUUCCAAAGGCUGGAAGGUAUGCCACUAGUGUUUCUAAUGGACAAGCUGUAGUAUGGAAGGGAGACAAUGAGAGAGCAAUCCUGGUGAGACUCUACCCAUCUGACAAUCCUACCUUGUUACACGUGCUCUCUAAAGACACUAAUGGAGCAUUCAAACACAGCUACCUUGUCAAGAGUGGUAGUAAUUGGGAGUCUAUUAACAAGGACGUUCACGAUAGACUACUCUCUGAAAUAAAGGCUACUGCACCUGGUAGAAAGACAGACAUUGGUAAGCUCAGACAAGAACUGAUGGAGUCACAAGCCUCUCUGGAUAAACUGGUAGAGUCCAAGAAAUUUACAGACUGUGAUGGACCACAAGAUCCUUCCAUUCUUGACAUUGUCCAUUAUGAGGAGUCCAAUGCUUAUACAAUAACAAACUGUACACUGGAUGGUUAUCCUACUACAGUCUUUAUUCCUGACAAGGGUAGCAUUAAGAAGGUAGUCUAUGGGACUCUUACAAUCUGGGAAGGUGCUGGAAAUGAGGAGUGUAAGUACCUAAUGAUCCACUAUGUCUACAGUAUACCGGCAUUUGCAUACCUCAUAAAAGGGUCAGACAAGGAUAUAGAUUUAUACUUUGCAAACAAGGAAGAUAAGUGGGAGGGAAUCCAAGCAGACUACAUUAGGAAACUUAAUGGACUUCGUAAGGAUAAACCAGAAUCCGGGGAUUACACAAUUAACAUCAAUAAUACUACUAGUAACGAUAAGUGCAAGGUUUAUAGCUACACAAUAGAUGGGCUUCUGACCCAUUCAUACUAUCCAUAUCCAGAAGUUACAGUGAAGAAGGUAAUGGAGGGAAAUAAGGACGUUUGGAGUGGAACCGGAAAUGAUGGAAGAGCUGAUGCAAGAUGUCUUUACUUGGCAGUAAGUUAUUUUGAUGAUAAACCUGUGUUGGCAUAUUUUGUAACAUUGGAUGGAUAUAAACUUGAAUAUACAUUUUACAAUAGGGAUGAAAAAGGUAAAUGGUCAAGUUGCUACGAUUAUGUCUAUAAAGACAGGUGGAGUGAACUAAUUAAUAAGAAAGAUACAUCAGCUGAGGGUAAAGAGAUAUCAGAUAUGAGACAGGAAAGACUUAAAAAGGUUGCACAUGUUAGAACUAUGGGUAAAGAUUGUAUACUGGAUAUUAAAGAUAUAUCUCUUCACGAGAGAUACAAGAUUAUAAAGGCCUUUAUAAACAAUAUUCCUGCUUUGGUAUACAUUCCUGGACCGAGUUUUAACUUAAAGAAAAUUAUUUUAGAUAAUAUUAAGUUUUCCCAUAGUCGUCUGGGAGACCAAUUUAAAGGUUUAUCUACAUUUCUGAAGGAUAAUGAACCCUCAAUACUGCAUGUAAUUGGAAUUUUAAGCACAAAAUCUUUUGGCACAAGCACUUUCGAUGCAUACAAGUGUAUAGAAGACACAAAACGAGAUUGUCUUCUUGCUGAUGUUGAAGCAUUAAAGUCCUACCAACACUCCAAGUUCAUCUUCUCAUUGGAUAUAUCCCGUGGAGGAACUGAUGGAUGCAAAUUUGUAAGCUUCCGUCAUGAUGGUGUUGUAACUCACUCCCACACUGUUAAUGCUGGUUAUACAGCUAAUAUGGUUACUGAUGGAGCUCUGGUUCUUUGGAAGGGUGAUAAAGGUGAAAAGUGUUUAUAUACUCUUACCAGUUUUCUGGAUGGUAUUCCUAUCCUACUGAACAUGUUUGUGAGAUUAUCUGAUGGCAAACUGGAACAUUACUACUUCUACAACAAUGGUGAAUGGACGGUCAUUAAUAGUCUGGACUACAAAGCUAUACUGGAGGACCUUAUUGAUACCAUUAAAUCUAGGUUGUCUGAGUCCAUUGACAGAGAUACCAGGGAAGUGCUCAGUCUAGAUGUUGCCAAGGUAGAUACUAGCAAGUAUACCAUGGAGACUACAAAGUUGAGAGUACUUACCAGCAUUAAAUAUAGCCCACCAGAGAACAGCCGUGUUACCAGAGUGGUCUUCGGCAAUGACUCUCUAUGGCAGACUCUCAAGGCUAGUGUCCAAUGUAACUUUGCCGUUAUUACAUACAGAGGAAUAUCCAUAGAACUCGCUCAACUGUGUAUUAUGGAUGGCUGCGAAAAGUAUAUGCACUUUGAGAUGGAGGAUGGUAGACUAAGUAGCAUUACAGCCGAGGAGUACAAUGAUGCCAUAUCGAGACUAGACUCUGGAGAUGGUGAAUCUGAUGAAGACUUUGAAUUCAUUCUUUCUACCAUAGACACUCUUGAUCUCAUGACUCCAGCUGAAGUGGACUUUGAGAUUGACAGGUUCCAGCUGGAUACUCUCUCUUCUGCAGUCUACCUACCACUACAUAAACAUACCAUUGGCAGAGUAGUACUUGGGAAGGCAUUAUGGACCAGUGGUAACUCCAAGUGUCUCUACGUCAGUACAUUCUCCACUGAUGAGUCCAUAAAAUUAGUCCAGAUAGUCACUGAGAAUGAGACUCUCCACUUUGGUAGACUUGACAAGGAACUUGCAAAGGUGCCACAGAAGAAGUACAACGAACUAUUUGAGAAACUAGGGUACAGACAAGUUGACCAAACUCCAUUCUAUGUUCCACUUGAGGUACCAGAUACACUCAGCACAAUCUCACUGGAUGUCUCAAAGGCACUGGACUCCAGAGUCAAAACUGAAAAUGGAACCUUCAAUGGAGUAUCUUACACUACCUUUUACACAUCAGACAAGGAUAUUAUAGACAGGAUAUCCAGUGGUAAGCUUACCGUAUGGGAACCUGAAGAGGAUGAGGUCUGUGUCUAUGGUCGUCUCUAUCUGGACAAUGGACCCAAGCUUCUCAAGAUCCGCACUGUUGGCAAGGAUGGAAGUAACAUUGUACACCUUGCAUUUGAUACUGACAAGUGGAUAUGUCUCAGUCAGGAUGUAUUCAAUGAUAGACUUAACUUGAUGGUCCUAAAGUUGACAGAACCACUCAAGUUUGCCUUGACUACCACAACUGAUGGGUACUAUGAAUACACUUUUGACUUGACUAGAUACCACCUAGACUCUAGAUUUAACUCUGGUUUCAUGACAUAUGGAGAUCACAAGUAUGCUGUUUGUACUCCCAAGAACGGUGCCAUAAAGAAGGUAGUUCAGGGUAGCAUUACCAUAUGGACUCCGUCUUCAGAUGACUACUAUGCCAACAUGGUACUCCUCUCCAGGGACACUCAUCUCUACAUUCUUGUUCAGUCAUCAUUUAACAUUCCUGCCGUUCUAUCCUACCAUCUGAAGAACAAUGUUUGGAAUAUGGUAAACCAUGAAGCCAUUUCUACUGACAUUACCAAGACACUACCAAUCCCAUCCUUUAGACUGACACUUGACCUAACUGGAAAACAUGACCCAGAGAAGUACAGAGUGUUUAAGAUGGACAUAAAUGGUGUUACUACCACAGUCUUCAUUACUAUCUACGGAUACUAUUUUGACAAGGUGGUCUCUGGUAAGGACCUCAUUUGGCAGUCGUCUGAGAAUGAGGAAUGUAGGUAUCUCAUGUUCCAUGACAAGUCUGGAAAGAACCCAUUUAUAACAGUCUUUGUGGACUAUAUGGAUGGAUCAAAGUUCAUGGUCUAUGAGAUGAGGGACAAGUGGACAUUCUCUCACCAGUUACUCGGACCAAAGAAUGACCAUAAGACUACUACUUCUAUUGUAUUCAACCUAAGUGACAAGACUCCUCAGAAUGUGUACUUCUGUGACAACGUCUUCAAUGGUAUAGUACACAGAGCUUUCUCACCAUUACCUGGCUACCAUGUUCAGGAGGUAAAGGAUAUUGAGACUACCAUAUGGCAGGCAGAGGAUAAGGAGCAAUGUAUAUUCAUUCUCUCUGUACCGGGUACUAAUAAGAGCAAAGUUCCACUACUAAGUCUCUUUGUGAGGAAUGAGGACUACUGUGGUUUCAAACACUUUGAGAAAACUGAUCAGUGGAGACACAUUGAUGAACGUGGUUAUGACAAGAGACUCACUGAGAAGAAGCAGGCUAACAAUGUGACUACUACUGUUGCCAUAGUUAAUAAGCCUCAGUACAAGAAUGCAGUUACCCUUGACACAGCCAAUGUUGACCAUGAUAGGAUUUAUGUCCAUGAAGACUCCUUGAAUGGCGUCAGACACCUCUACUCUGCCAAGACUAAUGACUACUUUAAUGGCUUAUUGGACAAUAGCAAGAGCAUUUGGAAGAGUAACAAGGACAAGUGUCUUACUGUAGCCAUUUAUGGCAAGGAGGAACUACACUGUCGUCUGGACGUACUCUCCUCGGAUGUCAUAACUCCAGUGUACUUUUGCAAAAAGACUGGCAACUGGUCUUCCACUAAUCACGGGACCUUCCAUGAGUGGCUGAGGAACUAUGUCAAGACUCCUAGAAUUAAACUUGAUCUUGGUAACCUUGACACUAACUUCUUUGAGAGCUUCAGGUAUACUCAGAACGGCUAUGAGAUACUGUAUGGAAGACCACGACCUGGUUAUGUACUAACUACCGUUGUUGAUGGUUCUACAGAAGUUUGGGAAGCUGGACAUAACCAAUAUGCUACAGAGUUCCAGAUGUCGAUAAUUGGUGACUAUACACUCAUGUCCAUCAUCAGCCAUUCCUACCAGGUUGAGAAUAUCUGCUUCCUAAAGUCUUCAAACAGUUGGUCACCCAUUGAUGAGGAUGUCUAUGAUCAGUAUCUAGUUCCUGUUAAUGACUCUGAAAGAGUACAAGAUAUGCAACUUGAUCUAACAAGGCCAGACGUUGAUAUUGUUACUGGACAUAAAGAUGUGAUGGGAGAUGUUACCAUACUAAGAUACACUCCACAUCUUGGCAGAUAUGUUACUGCAGUUGUAUUUGGGGAGUCUACUAUAUGGUAUAGGAAGUACCAUGACGAAUACUGCAUUUCAGCUGAGCAUAUCACCAAGGGUGGUGCCAUAUUCAUUAGACUAUUCCUCAAGAUGGGAGGUUCUUUUGAACAUCGCUACUUUACAAAGGUGGACAGUAAGUGGUAUGUUCUUAAAGAGGCUGAAUUUAGGAACAAGCUUGGUAUACAGGAUAUAGAUGUGAAUGCAAAGUCUAUUCUAGAGGAUAAUGAAUCGGGCCCUAAUGUCUACACACUGGAUAUUUCUGGAGCUGUGGACAGGGAUAAGAUUACUGCUACUGAGACUAUAUCCGAGGAGGUCAAGAGCGUCACAUAUUCACCCAAGUUUAUUGCUGGAAUUGGUAGGAUAGUAGACUCUGAUGGCAUAGUUUGGAUGGGAGCUUCUGACCAAAAAUGUGUUACUGCCGUUAUAUCUUCAAAGGAUGGAUAUGAUUCACUCAUUAGCCUCUCCAUCAACACUGAUACUGAGGUACGGUACAAGUACCUGGUGAAGAAGGACAAGGAAUGGUACCUCAUUAGAAAGACCAAGUAUGAUGAGCUGUUGACUACAAUGUAUAGAUAUUCUCUUGUAACACAUACGGAUACCACUUUUGAUAAUCCUAUAACUCUAGAUAUAUCGACAAAGCCUACUGAAGAUGUUACUUUCUAUGAGUAUACCUAUAAUGAUGUCAUAUACAAGACCUUCAAACCAAAGGAUGACAGGUCCAUUUUGGAAGUUGUGGAUGGUAAAAGCGUGUUAUGGAAGAGCUCAUCUGGAAAAUGUAUCAAUGCUUGGACCUACUCAACGGAUGUAUCCUCUCUAUGUCGUCUCGACAUUCUUUCCUCUGGUAUCAUUACUCCUCACUGCUUUGAGAAGAAAGGUAAUAUCUGGAUAUCACUGGAUUUUAGACGAUAUACUGAAAAGCUGAAGAAACUUGUAAGAUACAGAUCCACAGAGAUCAGAAUUGACUUUUCUGGAAUCUCUAGGGAUGUUGGCACUCUAGUGGAAUAUUUUGAUGCCGGAGUAUUAACCAUCACAGUAAUUCCUAGGUUUAAAGUUACAGGUGUAUAUCAUGAUAAUAAAAAAAUAUGGGAGGCUGGAAAUAAUGAAUGUAGUUUUGCACACUUUGCAAGUGAUGGACAUAAGCACUUAUCUUACCUCCGUACACCCACUAGCCCUGGUGAUACAACUUGUGUUUCCUUUGAAUAUGCAAAUGAUCAGUGGUUUAGCAGUAAUCCUUAUAAUUUUCAUCAUGACCAUUAUGCGCUGUGUCCUCUUCCAAAAGACGUUUUCAGUGGUGAAUUGGUAGACACUACUCUUGACAUAAAUAGUGUAGGUAAUGCUAUCAGAAUUUACAACUAUAGUGACAAAACUGUCACUAGAUUCGAGUAUCAAACACCUAUGAAUGCUAAUGUUAAAAGGGUUAUAGAUGGAGCAAAGAUGUUCAUUUGGCAAGGUGGUGAUUGUGAUAGAUGCUUGUCAUGUGAAGUUUAUUCAAGGGAGGGUUACACUUCAAUAAUGAACCUGUUAAUUAAAAAUAGAUAUAAUGUAUCCAUGAGCUAUUUUGAAAAGAGCGAUGAUGGAUGGAAUGAAGUCAACUGGGACACAUUUAAAACCAGGCUAGCCUCUAUGAGCAACAACUCACGUUUACAGUUGCUAAAGGAUAGACUUGUGGAUACGUCUGAAAAUUCAGAUGUCUUCGAUAGAAAGACUUCUUAUACCUCAGAAGAAAUAAAUGUGCUUUAUUUAAACCAGUGGCUACUAAGUCAUGUACCUCACUGGGUGUUAGAUCAAUUCAAGAUUCUUUGUCAAAAGAAGAAUCGGUUCUCUUCUUUCAAGUAA